UGUGUGUAUGUGUGCAUGAAGCAUGCCAGUUUGAGAGGACAGUGUGAGCGCUGUCUUGAAUACAAAAGGACAUCUUCACAUCAGGUUCAACACAGGCACACACUGGUAUUUUGUGCGGAGUUCUCAUUUCUCUUGCAACUAUCAGCCUCAGGUAUGAGGGCCUGCUUAGUAUUCAUUUGCUUACUGGCAGCAACAUUUGCCUUGUCUGUAAAAAGCAAACCUCAUGGAAAACACCAUGGAUUGCAUAAGACUUCCCACAAAGCCAAAGAAAAGGACAUUAUCACAGAGGAGGCCAACAAGGCACAGAUCUUACCCACUUUAGUCACGUUUGAGGCCAGCAGCCAGGAGCAGGAAGAUGAGGAACUGAGCUCUGAGGACAACGCUAAUGCUAAGAAGGAUGGAGAGAUUGAGAUGAGAGAAAGGAGUGAUAAAAGUACAGCAGUCCUGCUGAGUGAGGAGGAACUGGUAGACCUCCUGAAGAAGGAGGCAGAAGAAGAGGAAGAAGCAGAAAAAAGAGAGCUGGAAGAAGAUGUGGAGGCAGACAAAGGCAAAAAGGAGUCUGGUGAGGCUGUGGGGAUGACUGAGGAUGAGGAAGCUGAGGGGCAGGAGAAGAAGUUGGGUGACAACUUGGAAAUGGAGGAAGACAGCGAAGAAGUGACAGAGAAGGAGGAGGUGAAGGAAGAGAGCGCGGAAGAUGCUGAAAUGUUGGAGGAAGAAGAUCAGCUGGAGGAGGUGGUGGAGAAGAUGUCACCCAAGGAAAAGGAGCAAGAGUCUGUCAGCAAAGUGGAUGAUAGAGAAGAAGAAGAAAGGGUGUUGCUGGAGGAAACAGAUGGCAGCACAGACUCAGAGAUCCCAGUCGAUCUCGACUACGCUGCGGAUAGCAGCAUUUUACCUUUACAUAUUUUUUCAGCUAAGGUAAAACCCCACAAUGAUGACGACCAGCCUAUUUCAAAAACAGAUGUUCCAGAUGCUAAAGACAAGGAAAUCAGUGAGAAAGGACUCCCUCACCCACCCUCCAUUGCAGAUGAUUAUGAACAAGGCAUACAAAACACAGAAGCAUUGGACAGUGAGGAAUCAUCUGACCAGGAUGACCUUGAAGAAGGAAAAAACGACCAUGGCAAAGACUCCCAGGCUAAAUCUGAAGAAAGAAAUGGUGAUAAGAAAGUACCAAAGGUGGACAUGGACUCUCAAGAACCAAAGAGCAGCAUGGACCUUGAAUCUGGGUCACGACUGGCUGGAAAGGAGGAAGAGAAGAGUAAGAAUGACAGUGGAAGUCACACCAAGGGAAAGACAAGGAAGGAAAAGAAGAACCAGAGGGCAAGGAAGCACUCACCACAGAGGGAGGAAACACAAUCAGGACAGGAGCAGAGCGAAGAGGAUCCUCAGGAGUCUGAGGACAGCAGCAUCGACAAUACAGUCCACAAGGCAAAGAGAAGGAGGGCAGGAAAAUGGGGUCCUUUAGUUGGUAUGAAUCCAGUGCAGAUAAGAGCCACAGUGGAUCUCUACCCAAGUUCCAGGCCCUCUCUUGGUGGAGGCAUACAUCACCCAGAAGCCCCUGCCGAUCCAUGUGAUAACUUCCGCUGCAAACGUGGAAAGACGUGUAAACUUGAUGCAGACAAUAAGCCAGGCUGUAUGUGUCAAGAACCAUCAGAGUGUCCUCCCAGUGUGAAUGAAUUUGAUAAUGUCUGUGGGACAGACAACAAAACAUAUGAUACAUCGUGUGAGCUCUUUGCUACCAAAUGCAACCUGGAGGGCACCAAGAAAGGACACAGACUUCAUCUGGACUACACCGGGCCAUGCAAAUUAAUACUUCCAUGCGUGGAUACUGAGCUGGUCCAGUUCCCUCUACGAAUGAGGGAUUGGCUGAAAAACGUGCUGCUGCAGCUAUAUGAACAUGACUCCAUGUCUCCUGGCUUCCUCACUCCUAAACAGCGUUUCAGAGUGAAGAAAAUCUUUGAGAGUGAGAGGCGUCUUCAUGCAGGCGAUCACUCUGUUGAGCUGCUUGCACAGGACUUUGAGAAGAACUAUAACAUGUACAUCUACCCAGUGCACUGGCAGUUUGCUCAACUGGACCAACACCCUUCUGACAGAUUCCUGUCCCACUCAGAGCUGGCACCUCUCAGGGUCCCUCUGGUGCCAAUGGAGCACUGCACCUCCCGCUUCUUCCAGGAGUGUGAUGCUGACAAGGACAAGCAGGUGUCCUUUACAGAAUGGACUUCCUGUUUUGGUAUCAAGGAUGAUGAUAUCGAUGUCAACCUGCUAUUCUAAAGUUCAUUUUGUACCUCAUCCAUUACACCAGCUUGUGGAAGCUGCUCCAACAGGGCAGCUUGAGACAGAAGCCUCUGUGUUACUGGUACAGAUGAAAGAAAUUCAUUUUUACCUCCUGCUAUAGAGGGCGAGUGUUGGUGGUCAUUGGUGUUUCUUUAUGUCAGGCUAAGCUUGGACAUUUGAUCCUGUUCUAUAAUUUAGACGCAGCUGGUAGAAAAAAAAAUAGAAUAUCAGAAAGAGUUAUGUUUAGCCAGUUUUAUAUAAAAUCUGUUUUCUAAAGCAUUCCAAACUGGGGAAAAGUUUACAACAGCUCAUUAGUUGAAAUAGUAUUGUACAGUAUACAGUGCCAGGCUUCACAUGAACUGUUCAUGUAUGUUAGAGUGAUUUAGUGCAGAAUUACUCUUUAAAUAAAAGUUAAAUGGAUAAUUUCAGACCCCUGUGUUACACUAGAAAAUGUAAAACAAUAACUGUGUUGCUUACUUUUGUUGCGAUUGCUGUAAAUGUUUGUCUUUGCAUCUUGUGUUUCAUUAUAGCUCUAAUUAAAGCUCUAUGGAAAGCAAUGGAUUCACAGUAUAAUGACAUAGAAUAUGUUAGUGCACCCUGCUGUUAAUGAUGGUUAUGACCUGUGUUUCUCUACAGUCCUGAAAUAAAGUUAUUACAUCAUAUUGGUGGAUCCCAUAGACCCCAAAAGGCCCUGGGAAACAUCAGUUUGUGCUUUAAUAUCAUGUUUUAUUCGCGGGUCGGUCUUCCUGAUGUCACCAUGACAUGAAGAAAAAUGAAAAUAUGACACUUGCAACAAUGGUUUUGAAAAUGCAAGUCACUGAUACCUGGUUUGGGUUAGCCACAUAAUCCUGAAUAAUGGCCCUCUGUAUGGCAACAAAGCAAAAAAUAGCCUAGCAGCACGGUCAUGAUGAUUACAGUGACUUGUUGUUCUGAGAUAAAGCACUGGACUCUGAUUGGACCUGUCUUAGAGAUGGUUGAAUCUGACGCUCUCUAUAUAAGCGAAGAGAGGGACGGCUCUUCACCUGUCGACCGUCUGCUGUUACAUGAGAUCAAACAUGUUUUGCAUACUGUGGGUGAUCUUUCAGACUUUGGCUGUUGUGGUGGAGGGUGGUGUGUCUUCAGGGAGUGCGGAGGCACUCGCCAAUGCAGGAGUGAAUAAUAAUGGGGCAGCAGGUGGCAACAAUGCCAACCCUGGUGCUCAAAAUGGGGUCCCACUGAAUGGUGAACCCCUUUUGGCACAGUUAGUCCAACUUGAUGGGUCAUUUUUCAUCCAGCCAGUCAGGAACCAAAUAGGUCAGGCACCUGUGCAGCAGCUGAUUCCUACUGGAGCUCUCCAACAAGGUGGGCCAUUUCUUGUGGGUCAUGCAGUUGGAGCCAAUGUGAAUCCACAGGGGCAGGUGGCUCAGGUUGCCGGGGGUGGGCCGGUCAUGCUGUUUGCUGUGCUGCCACAGAGAAAUGCUGCAGGAAACCCACAGGGUGCCUUGUUGACUCCCGGCCAAGUGCAGCUGAUCUUGGUAGCCGGACUGAACAACCAGCAACAGCCAGGCGCUGCUGGUGGAAGGGCGGCUGGCAGAGCGAGGUUCCAGCGUUCAGUGGCAGCUCGCCUCAGGAGGACACAGUCUCCGGUGAUGAAGGUGAAGGCAGCUGAAGAAGAGGAAGAAUGCUCUGGAAUGGAGACUGAGGACAAUCAAGCAAAAUGAGACCACACAGCUGUCAGACAUCACAGAUAUCUCAUGAUUCAUUCUUCAGUUCUGAUCCUGUCUCAUUACUAACUGUUCAUGCAUGUGUGUUAUCUUUAUGAAUCAUUGUCAUCAUAUCUAAUCACCAAUAAAUGGUUGAAGUCA